CACUCCACGAUCGGCAACAUUCACCACUCCACGAUUAUGGUCGCCUCGCUGUACACAGACGCUCAGGGUUACACGCCCUUACAUAUCAGUAGGACCAAGUACCAAGUCUUCGCUGGUGUCGCCUGGGGGUUCAGGAAGGGGGCGCCAUUCCUCAAGCGUUUUAGCUUCUUGAAACAGAUGAUGAUCGAGGCGGGGCUGAUAGAUCACUGGAUGGAGGAAGCCACCGCCGCCACCAUCACCAACUACAAGAAAGACAUUAAUGAAACCGUCGACUUUGACUCCUCAGGGGUAGGUACAGAGAAGGUGAUGGUAGUGCUUACUCUCCACCACCUCCAGGGGGUCUUCUACCUCCUACUGCUGGGGUAUGGCCUCGCCUUCCUCGCCCUUCUACAAGAGAACCUCAUCUAUACGUACACAAGAAGCAAGGAAUAAACAGGAAAAAGGAAGGACUUGAUAAAAAGGGAAUUAUUAGAAAAAAUCGUCGAUAAAUCGUAAGCUGUAAGUAGAUACAAGAGGAAAUGAAGCGUGGACUAAGCGUGGAGAGACGACUGGACAAGCGUUGGGCGGUCUCAGAAUACAAUAAUCAACAACAUUAGCAGAAAGAAGAAAGCAUAAUUGUGUAGAGAGAGAAAAGGAUAAACUAACGAUUAGAAAUUAAAAUAUCUAUCUAUAUAUAUUUAUCUCUACAGUAUCUACGCCGCUCCCCUACACAGAAAACGUCCGCUACACAGAAAACGUCAACUAAUGCACCGGUAACUAUCCAAAAAUGACAAUAGGAUUAUUUUUGUUGUUAUAGUUAGAAUAGCAGCAAGUACAAUAUACCUUCGCUUUCUUUAUCCUUAUAUCAAGUAACUGUGUCUAUAGCUUUUUGUUUUUAUUUUUCGACUUUAGGUUUGGUCCAUUAAGUGUAAUUCGCCCUUAAAUAUUGGAGGAAAUAAAAGGUCUGUU